AUGACAGACGUUUACAAGGAUAUAACAGAAGAGCAACGAGCAAGCAACUCUUAUGCAAGUCUUGUGCCAGGUCAGACUAUAGUUGAAAUCCCGGAAUAUACGCUAGAAUGUGGUGAAACAUUGUACAAUUUUCCCGUGGCGUACAAGACAUGGGGCAGAUUGAAUGAAAAGGCUAAUAACGCAUUGCUAAUAUGUCAUGCAUUAACUGGUUCUUCUGAUGUACAAGAUUGGUGGGGUCCUUUAUUGGGCUCCAACAAGACAUUCGACCCAUCUCGGUUCUUUAUCAUAUGCAUCAACUUUUUAGGAUCUCCAUAUGGAUCAUGCUCGCCAGUCACAAUAGACAAGUCUACCGGUAAGCCAUACGGACCAAAUUUUCCCUUGGUAACUGCGAAAGAUGACUUGGGUAUCCAAAGGUUGAUUUUGGACUCAUUACAUGUCAAACAAAUUGCUUGUGUUAUUGGAGGUUCAAUGGGCGGGAUGUUGGCCAUGGAAUACUCGAGCACGUAUAACAAUUCUGAUUACGUGAGGGCGGUUAUUGCUUUGGCGACUUCGGCUAGAGCCUCAGCAUGGUGCAUCUCAUGGAACGAGACCCAGCGCCAGUGCAUCUUUAGUGAUCCUUAUUACGACGAUGGCUAUUACUAUGAAAACACGUUGGGAUUAAAACCUGAUUCAGGGUUAAGCGCGGCAAGAAUGGCAGCAUUGCUUACUUAUAGAUCGCGAAAUUCGUUUGAAACCAGAUUUGGUAGAAAUUUGGGCAAGUCUUUGAAUAGUAAAGCUGAUGAUGAUGAUGAAGCUGGUAAAGUAUACCCCAAGACUAAAGAUGAAGAACACUGGCUUUUGCACAAUGAAGGAUCUCAACUGAACAAUGCCCAAAAAACAAACAAGGACAAGAAGUUGCCCACUUAUUUCACAGCCCAGUCAUACUUGCGAUAUCAGGGUCAAAAAUUCAUCAAACGAUUUGAUGCUAAUUGUUACAUUUCAAUAACAAGGAAAUUGGAUACGCAUGAUAUAACACGUGGCUUGGUUGACACAAUCACCAAUGAGGACCCAUUACCGCAAAUCCUACAGACUUUGAAAAAGCCGCAUUUGGUAAUAGGUAUUGAGUCCGAUGGGUUAUUUACAUACGGAGAACAAAAGCUAUUGGGUGAAAAUAUACCAAAUUCGAUUUUGAAAAAAUUAGACUCUCCAGAAGGGCAUGAUGCUUUUUUGCUCGAGUUUGAGAUCAUCAAUGAGUAUUGUUUAGAUUUUUUAAAGACUAAUCUACCUGAAAUGUAUGGUGACGGUGUGGAAUUAUUUGAAGAUUGGGCCAGGUAUGUGCAAGAUGUUGAUAAUGGAGGUAAUUCAGUAUUUGGCGAAGCCGAGAAGAACAUAACUAACUGGUAG